AUGGCUCGCCAAACGCCGUCGUCAGCAUUCCACAAAUCGAAGACUCUCGACAACAAAUAUAUGCUUGGAGAUGAGAUUGGGAAAGGAGCUUAUGGUCGAGUUUACAAGGGCUUGGAUUUGGAGAAUGGAGACACCGUUGCAAUUAAACAAGUUUCUUUGGAAAAUAUUGCUCAGGAAGAUCUCAACAUUAUAAUGGUAAAGUUCCAAUCAAUCCUUUUUUUUUUGUUGUCUCUGAAUGUUCUUUUUGUGUUUUAA